AAAAGCACGUGAUGUGAUGAUCACAAUGUUUAUGAAAGUUGAGUGAGGUCCCCAUCUCCCAAAAUUGAAUCUCUAAUUGAAUGAAAAAGCAUUCAUUCACGUAUGAAUGAAAGCCGUCUUCUUCUUUAUUAGAUAAGAUUUAGGCCUCGAUUAACUAGCUUCACGAUCUAGAAUUACCUGAUUUUCUUGAAAUCCGGGAAGAACAUGACUGCUGACAACAUGCUCGACGAAAUGUCUACCUGGAGAACAAAUUCAGUCAAUCACUGCUCCAAGAAUCUACCUUUCAAUAAAACCUCAUCAUUUUCUUGAAAUUUUCAAUCUGCGAGUGUUUUUUCUUCCAAGAGAUGGCUGCUUCUGGGAGAAAGGAGAAUACUUCACAAGCUCAGUCUUCAGGUACGUCCCAUCAUCAAAGCCGCAAUUUUAACCAUAAUUCGAGCUUAAACAGGGGAGGGGAAUCUAUGAGUAAGGCUGUGGCGCAAUUCACUGCGGAUGCUAGGCUUCAUGCGGUUUUCGAGCAAUCCGGUGAGUCUGGGAGAUCCUUUGAUUACUCACAGAGUGUGAGGACUACUAAUCAAUCUAUUCCUGAGCAGCAGAUUACUGCUUAUUUGUCAAAAAUGCAGCGUGGCGGCCUCAUUCAGCCUUUUGGUUGUAUGAUAGCCGUGGACGAGUCUGAUUUUAGGGUGAUUGCCUACUCUGAGAACGCCCGUGAAAUGCUGGCCUUGACUCCGCAGUCGGUCCCGAUUCUUGAGAAGCCGGAGUUCUUGACGAUUGGGACUGAUGUGAGGAGCCUUUUCACACCCUCCAGCUCUGUGCUGUUGGAGAGGGCUUUUGGGGCAAGGGAGAUUACUCUGUUGAAUCCUGUUUGGAUUCAUUCCAAGAGCUCCGGGAAGCCAUUUUACGCGAUUCUGCAUAGGAUAGAUGUAGGGAUUGUGAUUGAUUUAGAGCCUGCAAGGACUGAGGACCCAGCGCUCUCUAUUGCUGGUGCAGUCCAGUCGCAGAAGCUGGCCGUGCGAGCCAUUUCCCAUUUGCAGUCACUUCCUGGUGGCGAUAUCAAGAUUUUGUGUGAUACUGUGGUUGAGAGUGUGAGGGAGCUCACUGGGUAUGAUCGGGUUAUGGUAUAUAAGUUUCACGAGGAUGAGCAUGGUGAGGUUGUCGCUGAGAGUAAGAGGCCAGAUUUGGAGCCGUAUCUUGGUUUGCAUUAUCCUUCUACAGAUAUACCACAGGCUUCGAGGUUCUUGUUUAAGCAGAAUAGAGUGAGGAUGAUUGUGGACUGUCACGCAACUCCUCUAAAGGUCAUUCAGGACGAGGCGCUGAUGCAGCCCUUAUGUUUGGUUGGUUCGACGCUUAGGGCGCCUCAUGGUUGCCAUGCCCAGUACAUGGCGAAUAUGGGAUCUAUUGCCUCGUUGACAUUGGCUGUUAUCAUCAAUGGAAGUGAUGAAGAUGGUGGUAAAGGAAGGCAUUCAAUGAGGCUGUGGGGCUUGGUUGUUGGGCAUCACACAUCAGCAAGAUGUAUUCCUUUCCCACUUCGUUAUGCUUGUGAAUUCCUGAUGCAGGCAUUUGGGCUUCAGCUGAAUAUGGAAUUACAACUUGCUUCGCAGUUGUCGGAUAAACGUGUUCUAAGGACACAAACACUGUUGUGUGAUAUGUUGCUGCGUGAUUCACCAACUGGUAUUAUCACACAGAGCCCUAGUAUCAUGGACCUUGUCAAAUGUGAUGGAGCUGCUCUCUUCUAUAAAGGGGAGUAUUACCCCCUUGGAGUAACACCUACUGAAGCACAGAUCAAGGAUAUUGUGGAGUGGUUGUUGGCCGAACAUGGGGACUCAACGGGUUUGAGUACAGAUAGUCUAGGUGAUGCUGGGUAUCCUGGGGCAGCCUCUCUAGGUGAUGCAGUGUGUGGAAUGGCUGUUGCGUACAUCACGUCAAGAGAUUAUUUGUUCUGGUUCCGUUCCCACACUGCAAAAGAGAUCAAAUGGGGUGGUGCAAAGCAUCACCCAGAGGACAAAGAUGAUAAUCAGAGGAUGCAUCCCCGUUCUUCGUUUAAGGCAUUUCUAGAAGUGGUCAAGAGCCGGAGUCUGCCAUGGGACAAUGCCGAAAUGGACGCCAUACACUCUCUCCAGCUAAUUCUAAGAGAUUCAUUUAGAGAUGCUGAUGGAAGCAACUCUAAGGCAGUGGUACCUGCCGCAGGUGGGGACAUGGAAAUUCAAGAGAUGGAUGAACUCAGUUCUGUAGCCAGAGAAAUGGUCAGGUUGAUAGAGACUGCCACUGCUCCCAUAUUUGCUGUAGAUGUUGAAGGCCGCGUUAAUGGGUGGAACGCCAAAGUUGCAGAGUUGACGGGUCUUUCCAUUGAAGAUGCAAUGGGAAAAUCCUUGGUUCAUGAUCUUGUCCACAAAGAAUCAGAAGAAGUUGCUGACAAGCUCUUGUUAAAUGCUCUAAGAGGUGAAGAAGAUAAGAAUAUAGAACUAAGGUUGAGGACAUUUGGCAGCGAACAACAUGAUAAAGCUGUAUAUGUGAUUGUCAACGCUUGCUGCAGCAAGGACUACACAGACAAUAUAGUUGGUGUAUGCUUUGUUGGUCACGACAUUACUGGCCAGAAAGUGGUGAUGGACAAGUUCAUCCACAUUCAAGGUGAUUACAAAGCAAUUGUACACAGUCCCAACCCUCUGAUCCCACCUAUAUUUGCUUCGGAUGAGAACACCUGUUGCUCCGAGUGGAACACUGCCAUGGAAAAGCUCACUGGAUGGAGUAGAGGGGAUGUCUUGGGGAAGAUGUUAGUUGGGGAGAUAUUUGGAAGUUGCUGCCGGCUCAAAGGCCCAGAUGCUAUGACAACGUUCAUGAUUGUACUGCACAAUGCAAUUGGAGGCCAGGACGCUGAUCAGUUCCCGUUUUCCUUUUUCAACAAAAGUGGGAAAUAUGUGCAAGCAAUGUUGACAGCAAACAAGCGGCUGAAUAUGGAUGGACAGAUUGUUGGCGCUUUUUGCUUCCUGCAGAUUGCUAGCCCUGAAUUGCAGCAGGCUUUGAGAGUCCAAAAGCAACAGGAAAAGAAGUGUUUCUCAAAGAUGAAGGAGCUUGCUUACAUCUGUCAAGAAAUAAAAAACCCAUUAAGUGGCAUCCGUUUCACCAACUCACUGUUGGAAGCUACAGACUUGACUGAAGACCAAAAGCAGUUUCUUGAGACCAGUGCUGCUUGUGAGAAGCAGAUGUUAAAGAUUAUGAAGGAUGUUGAUCUCGAAAACAUCGAGGAUGGAUCGUUGGAGCUUGAGAGUGUAGAAUUUGUGCUUGGGAGUGUAAUAGACGCUGUUGUGAGCCAAGUUAUGUUGUUGCUGAGAGAAAGAGGUCUGCAAUUGAUCCGUGAUGUACCAGAAGAAGUCAAGACUUUGACAGUCUGUGGCGAUCAAGUUAGAGUCCAACAGGUCUUGGCGGAUUUUCUGAUAAGCAUGGCCCGAUAUGCACAGUCCCCCGAAGGCUGGGUGGAAAUUCAACUCAGACCAAGCUUGAAGGAAGUCUCUGAAGGAGUGAACAUUGUGCACAUAGAGUUCAGGAUCGUGUGCCCGGGGGAAGGUCUUCCGCCUGAACUGGUCCAAGACAUGUUCCACAGCAGCCGAUGGGUGACUCAGGAAGGCCUAGGACUGAGCAUGUGCAGGAAAAUUCUGAAGCUGAUGAAAGGGGAAGUUCAAUACAUCAUUGAAUCAGAACGAUGCUACUUCCUCAUUUCUCUCGAUCUGCCCCUGCACCGGAGAGGCUUGCCAAAUGCUGGGUGAUUCGAGGUAGCAGUAUGCUGACCCCUCCUCACUCUUUAAUAUUUAUACAUCAGCUGAUACUAAGAAUGUUAGCCUUGGCCCUACUCUAAGAUAACCUCUCAUGGUUCACUUUCGUGCUCGUGUUCGUGCCUGUGUUGUAUUUUUAGUUUCCCUCAUUUUGUAGUCAGUCACAAUAAUACACUUUAGAGGAAGAUGGUGGUUGAUUUCACCAUAUAUAAUAAGCUCCCCUAACUGAGGAUUAUUCUA